UCGCGUUUUAGCAGAAGACUAGGCGCUGUCAAGGUAACGCGCACGCUGGGGGCACCGUUUCGAGAUUUACAAACAACUGAACCUGUCUCGCGCACCGUUAUUCACGUCAGCCGUUGGCAGAAAAUAGCCGCUGAGCGAUUCACGCGAUGUAACAAUACAGAGGGACGGCAAAAUACGGACCGAAAUCAGAGAGACGCCGCGCCAGAGCUUGAUAAACACAGCAGUAGUCAGUCAUGCCGCUGGUGAAGAGGAGUAUCGAGCCCAAGCAUUUGUGUCGAGGAGCUCUGCCUGAUGGAGUGCCCAGUGAGCUGGAGUGUGUCACCAACAGCACCCUGGCGGCCAUCAUCAAACAACUGGGCAGCCUGAGUCGUCACGCAGAGGACAUCUUUGGAGAGCUGUUUAAUGAAGCCAACCGUUUCUACAUGCGUAUGAAUAACCUGCAAGAGAGAGUGGACCUGCUGGCUAUCAAAGUGACCCAGCUGGACUCCACCGUGGAAGAGGUCUCUCUGCAAGAUAUCAACAUGAGGAAGGCCUUCAAGAGCUCCACCAUUCAGGACCAACAGGUGGUUUCCAGAAACUCAAUCCCAAAUCCUGUCCUGGAGCUCUACCACCGUGGAGACAAACCUCCCCCUCUCAAUAUUCUCAGCCCUUACAGAGAUGAUAAGAAGGACGCACUGAAGUUCUACACAGACCCCUCCUACUUCUUUUACCUCUGGAGGGAGAAAAUGCUGCAAGCCACAGAGGACAAGAGAAAAGAAAAGAGGAGACAGAAGACCAGCGGCUCAGGCCAGACUCACUCUGACCAGACUAAGUCCCACUCCAGGCAGGCCCUUCCCAGAAGCCCCCUCCUAUCCUCUGAGCAGCAGAAACAAGUGGAGGACCCCAGUCGUGAGGUGAAAAAGGUUCGUAAGGCUCGGAAUCGUAGGCAGGAGUGGAACGUAAUGGCGUAUGAUAAGGAGUUCCGCCCAGACGCCCGCUUCACGCCUUCUCCGUACCAUGGCAUGUCCUCUGAGGGCUCACUUUCACCAGACAACAGGUCGGUUACCUCAGACAUGGGUGAGCACUCUUACCCAGGCAGCCCCAGUCACCCGGCUCAGCAGAUGGCCGUGGUCAGCGCCUACUCCGCUGCCAAUGGCAAAGAUCACCUCAUGGCACCCUCUCAUGUCCAGACCCAGUCCCUGGACCGUGUGUAUCGGCCGGCCGCUUCCUCCUCCGCUCCACCUGGGAGACAGACCAUUGGCAGGGUUCAGACGUCCCAUGGACAACCAGUCACAGACCCUGCUCUCAACGGGCCACGUCCCCUGCAGGCUAAAGACUACAGUGGUCAGCAGUCUCAGCAUCGAGAGUAUUUCAUACCUCCUGCUCCUCCUCCACCUCCUCCUAUCAUUCCUUCCGCCCAGACUGCCUUUGACAGUCCCACUGGCCCCUCCUCUGCCCCGGCCAGUGCUAUGCCAUCUCUUUCCCAGACCUACAACGUUUCUCCUCCAACCCCUGCCCUCCCUGCUUCCUACACCCCUUCCCCAACCCAUCAUCCUCCCACAGCCCCCCCUCCACCUCCACCUGGUCUGCCCACACACCCCCACCCGCACUCUCACUCACACACCAUGCCCACUGUCCCUGCGGAAGCACCAGUUGUCCCCAGGAAGGGCCAGAUACCUCUCAUCCCAAUGAGCGAUGCACGCAGCGACCUGCUGGCGGCCAUCAGACGAGGGAUCCAGCUGCGUAAGGUGCAGGAACAGCGGGAGCAGGAAGCGAAGAAGGAGCCAGUUGGGAACGAUGUGGCCACUAUAUUAUCCCGUCGCAUCGCCGUGGAGUACAGCGAAUCUGAUGAAGACUCUGAGCUGGACGAAAAUGAGUGGUCAGACUGAAACAUUGAAAACAACAAUAGAGGAAUAAAAAAAAAAACCAUGAAGUAAGAAUUAGAGUGUAGGUUUCAGAGAACAGAAUAAUCACAACUAAUGUAGCAUGCCGAUGUCUGUCUGCACUAAAAUAACACGGCUCCUGUGUUUAAAAAAUAAGGGCUGCGUAACUACAAAGUCUCAAAGAGACCGAACCAGAAACUUUUGAAUUUUCGAUUGUACAUCUUAAACUGAAGCCUUGACAGUGAAGUUUAAUCAGAGUUUUGACCCCAACAAUGUCUAACUAAAAAUGUUAGACAUCUGAUAUUUUUUCUGCAAGACUGGUCAUCAUUUUUAAAAGUCAGUUACAUAAACACAUAGAUUGAUCUAAUUUGAAACUGAAAAGUAAGACUGAUAACCACUUGGUUAACUAGUUCUUAAGACAGUCUUAACAUGGUGACUAUGUUUAUGCAACUGGCCCCUGCUUAUCUACAAAGUGGGCUUGAGUUCACUGCCUUGACACUAUUCAUCAAUUACUCUGAAUGUGG